CGCAGUCGACCGCGAGCUACCGACGCUCCACGCGCAGACUUUGCUCCGCCGACGCACCAGGGACCGAUUGAACGAAAAGAUGUCGCACUCGGUGACGAUCCAAACGAGGACGGUGACCACUGGCAGCCCGUCGGCGAUCAACACGUCGUUUUUCAGAUCAUGGACGGGAAUACUGAAGCUCGCACAAGUGAUUUUGGGCGCAGUCUGCGUGGGUUUGGUCGGAUAUUACAUUUCCCACCACAGCGUGAACAAUCGUUACCUUGGCGGCACCGAGAUAACCUUUUUCAUGCUGAUUGCGACCACCUUCAUGAUUGCAACGACGAUCUUAGUGCUGAGCUGUUGUUGCUCCUACACGACCGAGUCCAUCAUUUCCAAGACUGUUUUCGAGCUCCUGUAUCACGCAUUCGGCUUCGCUUUGCUCCUCGCUGCGUCGGUCACCCUCUUAGUGAACGUCUCGAACAAUUAUUAUUACGACAAGAAUCAGCUGACGGCUGCAUGUAUCUGCGGCAUAAUUAAUUGUGUGCUGUACCUUAUCGUCACCCUGUUCGCCCUUCGAACCUCGCGAGGCUUGUAGAUCUGCGCCGCGCUUUAGGCUCGCGCGGGCGGCAAAGGCGGUGAGCGGCGGCGGUCGACUUUGCACGGAAACAUUAAGGCACUGCCAAUUCGUAACUGCAGACCGCCCUUUCAACGGCGACGCUCGUUUCAAUUUCUAUAGAUUUGGUCGCGUUCGCAAAUCGCGUUGUGCGAGCUGCCUAACCGCGCCGAACCCGAAAAAAAAAACCGUCAAAGGAGCUCAUGUGUAUGUACUUAUACUUAACGCGCUGUCGAUGGAAAAGUCUAAAUGUGUCUUUGGUGUAUAAUCCCGCGAAUCAACAUUCUGAGCUUUGGUAGUCAGGUGCGUUAGCUUUUGUCGUGACGUUUGCAUUAAAAAAGAAAAAAAAAAGAAAAAAAAAAAAAAAACUGUCAAGUUUUCGACGUACAAACUGAAAAUUCCAAAAUUCGAUGCAUUUCGACGGUGGACACAACAAGCGCAGCGAUCAACGCAGAACCAAACGAAAGAUUUUUAUAUUUUCGACGAUUCUUUUGUAACUACGACGUUUACCAUUGUAUCGUGAAAUAAGCCUUUUGCUACAGAGCUAUUAAAUGUUGAAAAAUAGAAGCAAUCUACCCGACGUGUAGGCGAUUAAGUGAACUAAAGUUCGAAAUCAAUAAUCGAACGCCAAGCGUUAAAGUUGUACUGUCUUUUGCAAAAAUUAAAAAAAUUAUUAAUCAAUAUUCAAGGUAUGUACUUAUAUACGUAGGAUGUGUGCAUUCACACAGAUAAUAUAGAUCUGUAGCUUCCGUUGUAACAGAAAGGUGCAUAUAAUAUUUAUUUCUUUGCAUUUCUUACCAUUUAUUAUCGCGUGUACGCAAAACACAUUAAUUUGGAGUACUUAUUAACACGGUUGCGUUUAUUAUUAAUACUAUACAUGUAUUUUGCGUAAGAUUCUUAAUAUAUAUUUUGCAUUAGUUUAUUUGUAACGUUUACGUAACUUUGUCACCAUUAAUUUUAAUCCGCAUUGCAGUUUUGGCAUUGUAGACUUUUCAAUGUACCAUUGUUAAUGUUGAAUAAAGUUUACGAAGAAAA